AUGUCAUCAGGCGCCGGGCAACGCAUUAUCCAAAAAGAGCUCAAAUCGUACGAAUACAGCCUCAGAGUGAGUCGUUUCUGUCGUCUCCCACGCAACGAUUGUGAUUUCUGGUCUGGCCAUUGUCAUCCCGUCCACAGUUCACCAUGCUUUCUUAUCAAAUCCCUUGAUUGUCACGGUCGCCGCCUCAGUUCACUCGUUGCAAACACCUUGCCGUUUCGGCGCAAUUUAUUGGCCUAAAACCUAAAAGAAUGUAGUGGCCAUCGUGUUUUUCGCUCUGUCUUCUUUCAGUUAUCAAAGUUCACAGCGUUUAGCGACCAUUUCACCCAUGAUAACGAUUCAUUUCAGGCGUCAGCGAGUUGCGACUCUUCUCCCGGCCUCUUCCAGCCGUUCUUCCAACUUGUGCUCCAUUAUAAAGACGGAGAAACGCAAGUUCUGGACUUCACUCCCAAGCAGGUAUUAAUAAGUUUGACAACCUUCGAAUACAGGUUAAUUUCAGCUCGAACAAUUCUGUGCGAAGCUCAAUAAUUGGAAAGAAUGAGUCAGAAAGCAGACCGCAGGUACAUCUAUCCCAAACUUCCACCCGGCGCCAUCAGCAAGUCGACCGUCAUCGUUCUGGCGACGGGACUCGCAGGAUACACUGCCCUCGAACUGCUGUAUGGGUCAGAAACAUUCUACAAAAAGGCGGUGAUGCCUGUAGUUCAUAAAUUUGUCGACGGAGAAGAUUCGCAUCGAUGGGCGGUGCGGGCGGCAAAACUGGGACUAUUGCCUCGGUUCGGAUGGAAUCGCAAAGAAUAUCCCGAGCUGAAGUGUGAGCUCUUCGGCCGAGUAUUCAAAAAUCCCAUCGGUUUGGCUGCUGGAUUCGAUAAGGACGGAGAGGCAAUCACGCAACUCGCCAAGAAUUCCGGAUUCGGACUUAUCGAGAUCGGAUCGGUUACUCCUAUUCCUCAACCAGGAAAUAAUCGGCCGAGAGUUUUCCGACUGCUGGAAGACGAAGGCGUCAUCAAUCGGUACGGAUUCAACAGCGACGGAGUAGGAAAAGUGCACCAGAGAGUUCGGAGUGCCAGGGAUGCGUGGGUCCCUGAGGAUUAUGCAUACUUUGGUGUCAACUUGGGAAAGAAUAAGCUAACUGAAGAUGCGAAGUGAGUUGAGUCAGAAAAAACCAUAAAUAAAUCAUUUCCCAUUUCAGACUGGACUACGAAAUCGGCGUCAAUUACUUUGCUCCGCAUUGUGAUUACAUCGUUCUCAACGUCUCCUCGCCGAAUACUCCGGGACUUAGAAGCAUGCAAAAGAAGACUGACCUCGAAAAGCUGUUAACAUAUGUAAAACAGUCACUUGACAUGCACAAACUGGAGAAAAGACCACAAGUGUUCCUGAAGAUUGCUCCGGAUCUCAUUGAUUCAGAGAUGAAGGACAUUGCAACAGUGGUCACAAAUCAGAAGUUCGGCGUCGACGGAAUCAUUGUCUCAAAUACAACGAUUGCCAGGCCGGACUAUCUGAGAUCAGAGAACAAGGCUGAAUCCGGGGGAUUGAGUGGAGCACCCGUUCGAGAGAUCAGUACGGAGUGCGUGAGAAAGAUGUACAAGUGAGUGGGCAAUCAGAAAAAACGAGCAGCUAAAAAUUAUCUGUUUCAGACUGACAAAUGGACAAAUUCCGAUAAUUGGAUGUGGUGGAGUGUUCAGUGGCGAAGACGCGUACGAAAAGAUUCGGUGAGAACAGUGCUCACCUCAUUUAUCUUUUAUUCUUCGUUUUCAGUGCGGGAGCCAGUCUCGUCCAGUUGUACUCUGCAUUCGUUUACGAAGGAUUUCCAGUCAUCGGAAAGAUCAAAAGAGAGCUAGCUGCGCUGCUCAAAAAGGACGGAUUCGCUCAUGUUUCGGAGGCCGUCGGAGCUGAUCACAGAGAACAGAAAUAG